UAACUUCCACAUAGGUUUCCUUGCAUUUAAGUGCAGGACAACCUAACGCGCGUUUCCAUAACGUCUAAAAGCACGCCUUUCCCAACUUAACCUCUCUAACCAUCACCACUCACACAUCUUCAACGCCUAUUCAUUCACACAUACACACACACACACCUAUUUCAUUUUUGGCCCAAGAGCUGACCACCGCUAUCCCACCAUUACGGCCACUCAUCCUCGAAUGCAUAUCGCAUUCUCUACCUAAAUUUACCUAUCAAUUCGAUCGGUAUCCUUUUUAAUCUCAUUUGUACCGGCAAAAGUACGUGUCGCGUCAGGUUACAAGCAGUAGCAAACGUCAUCCUCGGUCCGCUACAGGUACCAAGUCCAUCUAGCAAUUUAGGUCGACUAAGGUCAUCUUGGGUCGACUUGGCAAAUUAUUCUAACCACCCUGACGAUCGCCGUCCAUCUCUUCCACCCCUGACACACUUAGACACCACCUCAACCAAAGCUUGCUGCAGAAUCCAAACUGCGCAACCAUCCGAGUUUGAUUUUAGAGCCCUAACCGAGUCGACAAUUGGUUGACAGGGUCGCAGUCCGUCAAUCAGUCAUUUUUUCACGGCAUUUCUCAAAUCCUCGAUUUACAACGACCGGGCGCUACCCGGCAUCCCCUGCGAGAUUCCGGAGAUCCUGUACCGAAAACAGGGAAAUUUAACGACGAUGUCCACGCACUCAGCAGACCUUCUGGGUCUAUAUGAUAAUGGCCAAAGCACCCAAUCCGCUGGCCUGACGCUUAACCUUUCGUCAAACAACCCCUUUCGCAACCGAGCCGCUUCGCCCAAUAGUUUGACAUCCCCUCCCCAUUCACCAUUUGAUGACCCCCUUCCUCCUCCCAGACCUACUUCAAGAAACCCUUUCCUCGAUCCCUCCAACCAACCAUCAACGGCUCGUGUGAGUUCACCAGACAAAAUGGCAUCUAAGGAUCAGAAGAGUAGCGCCGAUGAGUUAUUUGGAAACUUGUCGCUCGAGGAUAAGGCUCGACAAGCCCCUGGCCGACCGAUGAAUCGCCCUCCCGGAGGACCGCCUCGAGGCGAAAACAAUCCUCCUCGUGGUCGCGGCGCACCGCCUUCUUCAUCGCACAAGCCUACCCGAUCGCAAGAAGAAGCUCUACGGGCGCGUCGAUUGCCUAGUGCUUCGGUUGGAGAGAAAAACGCCCCUUCGCCCCAGAAGCGACCGACGGAGCGUCGUCCUCGUCGUAACAGCGACUCCUCGAUGCUGGAGAAGCCUUUGACAGAUGAAGAGAAGAAGGCACGCGAGCUCAAACGCAAGGAACGUGAGCGACGUCAUCGCGACGGCAAAGAUAAACCUCGCACAGGUCGAAAACUUGAUAUCAUCGACCAGCUUGAUGCUACGAGCAUUUAUGGAACUGGAUUAUUCCAUCACGAUGGUCCAUUUGAUGCUUGCAACCCACACAGAAACCGAAAGGGCAGCCGUCGCGCACCGAUGCAGGCAUUUGCUAAGGAUUCUGCCAACAACUCUAUCGGCGGCUCAGGUCCUCUUACUCAAAGACCCGAUCACAAGCAAUUUAUGGGACAAGAGCCUCACGAGGCCUCCGCCAUGUUCAGCACUGCGGCCAAGGAGAGAAACGGCAGUAAGAGCGAGGCGACCUUCUUCGAUCCAAAGCAGGCGGGCGAGGUAGUCGAUGGUGAAGAGACACUUGGGCUAGGAUCAUCCACGUUCCUGGAGGGCACCCCAGCGACCCGUUCCGCGAUCCAACGAAACCAGGCCGAGACAGCGCAAGAGUUCAUGGAGUCGGGCUUAGGAAGAAAGAAGUCGGUGGUCCAGCGUUUCCGAAGUAUCAAGCGUCCUGCGCGUGACUACAGCGAUUCCGGACGAGUUACCAGCCCGGAUAGCUACUAUACCCCGAAGUCGGGUGAUGCUUCCGCCGGUGGCACCAAUGGAGAAAGGAACCCGUUCUUCACGGAGUUCGACAAAGCAGAGGAGCGCAUCUCUGUCAAACGCUCAGGCUCGAACCCGGUUAGUCCCACACUAUCCGGCCCAGGUCUCGAGCGCCGAACGACUGAUGAUGGAGUAGUAACAGCCGAAUCGCCAGACGGAUCGAAGCCAGGAAGCAACGGAUUCCUAUCGCGCGUCAGGAGCCUGAAGGGAGGGAAACGACAGCGACCGGAACCACCUAGCAGGGAAUUCUCAGUACCGAAACCUGGCAUGGCGAUCUAAACCGAGUUGCGAGAAGAUUAAGAGUAGUGUUGUGAAU